AUGUCGCCCUCGGUGCACAACGGCGUGCGGCUUGACGAGAAGGACGACCCUGUCCCCGGAUUCACUGCAGUCAAUGGCCGCUCUCCUCCGCAGACGCUGAAGCUGAGCGUCAAUGGGUCGGAACGCCGCCACUCACGGGCUGAGGCCACUCCCGAAAACGAUCGUGUGCAGGACAGGAGGCCUCUCUCGCAGCAGCCAGACCGCCCUGAUAGGCCGCUGACCCCGCGUCCGCCCGAGCGUGAUACGCGCCCGUCGAGCCCGGCGAAGCGCAAGCGCUCCCUGUACGAUGACGACGAGGGUGCGGACAUGUACUCGCGGCCCGCGCCGCGGAUGGUGCGGCAAGCCCGCAGCAGUUCAAGUUCCGAGGAAGAGGACGACGAGGACGAUGAAGAGGACGACGAUGAUGACGAGGAAGAGGACGAUGACACCUUGGACGACGACGAAAAUGGGGAGCCGUCGGCGCAGACGAGAGACUUCGUUGCCAGAUCGCAACGCCACACUAGUAGUGCUGGCGUUGAUCACUCGAGCUCAUGGCCGGCUUGGCCGCCGCCACAGACCCGCAUCGCCGCAGCGCUGAGGGCAUUCCCGGGCUAUAGUGAACAGAACUCCUACCCGCACGGGCAAUCUGGCUCUUCUAUUGUGGGGCCCUCAUUGCCUCAGCCACCACAUCUAGGCUCUCCGCAGCCGGCGAUAACGGCACAAUUAGCGAUUCAACAGCAACAACACCAGCAGCAUCAGCCAUCGCCACUCCCGCGUAUACCACCGCCGCAGCACAAGUCAGAGAAAGAGAAGAUGCUAGGAGGUACUUUCUUCAAGCCGUUUGCGCCAGAAUUGCGCGCCCAGCGAGAGCAAUGUAAGGUUGCUCUGGAUAUUUUCAACCGUGCGUGCGAGUACGGAUUCAACCUCAAGAUUGGCAAAAACGUCAAGAUAGCGAAGGACUGCAUGAUCGAGGACGUCGCCGAGGUGGUGAUCGGAGAUGACUGCGUAUUGGGGCCCGGCGUCACCAUAAACACGAUGGAAUGGAGCAAGAGCGCGCAAGACAGGGCUGAGGGCCUGGCAACUGCGAAGAUGGUCAGACUCGAGAAUGGUGUGGUUCUUGGAGCCCGCGUCCUGGUCAUGCCUGGCACACACAUCAAGAGUGGCUCGGUGGUAGAAGCAGGGACGAUCCUGAAAGGAGAGGGCGUGCAGCGCGUCGGCAUGAUCCAGCCCUGGCUCGAUGCCUUCCCGCGCACCGUUGCCCCCAUUGUCGACGAGAUUGACGACACGCUCGGCUUCAGCCUGUCGCGCCUCAUCGCCGACGGCCCCAAUGCCACCCUGACAGCCACCGAAAACGCACAGCCCGCCAUCAUGGCCACCUCGGUGCUCAUUCUGCGCGUGCUGCAGACCGAAUUCGGCUUCCAGCCCCGGAAUCGCGUCGACUUCACCCUGGGCCACUCGCUCGGUGAGUUUGCCGCUCUGGUCGCGGGCGGCUAUCUUUCAUUCACCGACGCUCUGCGUAUGGUGCGCCGCCGCGCCGAGGUCAUGGCGCGCUGCUCGAAAGACGCUUCUGCUGCCAUUGGUGGCGGUGAGGUGGGAAUGGUCGCUAUCGUGUGCGAGAACGAGGAGCGCAUGCGCGCCCUUACCGACAUGGUGUACGAUUUUCUUGGGAUGGGCUCUGACGGCUCCAAGACCAAUUCCACCGAGGACGUGCCCGCCGUAGACAAGGUCCUCAUCGCCAACAUCAACAGCAAAAACCAAAUCGUACUCAGCGGCAGCAUCGAGCGCAUCACAACCCUCCUGACCCACCUGCGCCAAUUUGGCGGACACGAUCCGCGAGCCGUUCGCUUGAAAGCCGACAGCCCCUUUCACUCGCCAUUGAUGAAACCUGCCGAGGAGGAGAUGAAACGCAUAUUGGCCCGCCCUUCGAGAAGCGCUGGUGACCAAGACAUUGUGACCUGGCCAGGCUACAUGCCCUGCAUAUCCAACGUAACCGCACGUCCUUUCAAAAAUCGCGCCGAGCUGAAGGACUUACUCGCGCGGCAAUGUGUGGAAACGGUCAAUUGGUGGGGGUCCGUCAAAUAUUUGCACAAAGAAGAAAAGGUUCGAAGGUGGCUGGGUAUCGGGCCUGGCAAAGUCGGCCGCAAUCUCGUCGGGAAGGAAACAGGCAUGACUUCAGGAACCGUCAAGGGCGGCGGCGUCUGGGGUGUUGAUGAUCCACGUCACGUUGAAGAAAUCAUGAAGGCCCUCGACGAAACCGAGCUAGCCUAUGAGGAGGACUGA